AUGUCUACUCUCCAUCAGAAAGACAAGAAUUGGAUCGGAUAUAUUACUCAAGAACGUAAAACUUCAUGGUUGGUCUCAUUUCUUUUGUCCGAGACACACCGGGUUCCACUCACGCCCAAUAUAGUCUGGCAAGUUCAAAUUCUUCAUCCAUCCACGAUGACUAAGAAUCCGGUGCCCAGUAUCUACUGGAACCUUUUCCAAAUCUUCGUUUGCGAGGCCGUUGCUGCGGGCAUUCCUAGUCUGCCUUGUUUCCUCCUGCCCAAUCCGAUCAACUCUCCGGACAUCGUGGUGCCCCUCAUCUUUGGUAUCUCUGUGUCCGUGGCUCUGUGGAUCACAGGGGCUACCAGCGGAGGUCACAUCAACCCAAUGGUGACCCUGGCGGCUGCAGUGACCCGGCGCGUCCAGAUAAUUUACGUCCCUGCCUACAUUGUGGGCCAGUUUACAGGCGCGUUGAUUGCUAUGGGCAUUGCGUGGUGGGUGAGCCCAUUCCGACCCCAAGAGCCCAACAACUUUGGCCUGACGCUGCCUGGUGCCAACGUCUCUAACGGUGCUGCGAUUGUCAUCGAGAUGGUGGCCACACUCACUCUCAUCCUUGUUGUGCUUGCGUCGUUGGAUGAGGUGAGGGAUCAGUCAUGGCGACUGGACACGUGCAACAACUUCCCCUUGAUCUUACUGGUCGUCAUAACCGCCAAUAUGGCUCUCACUAUCCCGAUAUCCGGAGGCAGUAUGAAUCCAACAAGAAGCAUUGCGGCUGCCAUAUAUCAGCAAAAUUACGACCGACAGUGGAUAUACUUCAUCGGGCCACCUGUAGGCUGUCUUUUGGCCUGUUUUCUCUACGAGAUAAUUAUCUGCCCAUUCUCCUCGCUUCGACGAACCCGUAUGUGGCUGACCUCGCAUGACUUUGAUCGCCAUUGCAAGUAUGAUACGGAUGCAGCUGACGACUUGGGGAACAGCUGA